AUGGCAAAAGAUAGUCAAAAGAACUUGAAUGUUUCUAAUAAUAAUAACGUCCAAUGCACCAUGGGAAGAUCAAGCCAGAACAUAAAUAAAUCCGAUUCAAAAGGAAAAAUAAAAAGGUGCACUUAUGCCUAUAAAAUUUUAUUAUGUACAAUUUUUAUCUGGAUAUGUCAAUGUUUUUAUAAUAAAUCAUAUUAUGUAUAUAAAAAAGACGGAAGAAGAAAUAAAGGAAAGAAAAUAUUAGGUAUAAGAAUUAAUAAAUCCUUAGCCGAAAUGGAUCAUACAAAAUAUCACCCAGAAUAUUAUGAUGAAGUUCAAGAAAAUUAUGACCCUUAUUAUGGAGUUAAUCAAUAUAGUGAUGAAUGUGAAUCAUACAAAUCCGAAGAUGAUGAUUCUGAAGAAGAAUAUUAUAAUAGUACGCCUCGUGUGACUGUGUUGGAACCCCAAACGGAGAAUAGUGAAGAUGAGGAAAAUUAUGAAAAGACUAUUGUAGAUGAACUUAAUGAAUUACCAAAUGAUAAAAAAGCUUUAAUAUUAUCUUAUAUAAGAAAUGGAAAUGAUAAUAAUAUGCAAUUAUUACCGUAUGCAAAUAAUAAUAAACAAAAUACCCAAGAAAAUAUAUCUCGUAAUAAAGAGUUCUUUAGACAUUUUGUGGAUUUCAUUAAGGGAUAUAAACUUUUUGAUUCACCUGUUUUAAAUGCAUUACUACCCUUUAUAUUUAUAGCUUUUGUAUAUUGUACAAUCACAAUGUUAGUAGGUAACGUACGUUAUAUUAUAGCACUUUAUAUAUUAGCAAAAAUAUUAAAAAUGCAUUAUGACUACAAACAUAAAGAGAAUAAUAAUAAUAAUAACAACAAUAAUAAUAAUAACAACAAUAAUAAUAACAACAACAAUAAUAAUAAUAACAACAAUAAUAAUAACAACAACAAUAAUAAUAAAAAAUCAAAAAAAAAUUAG